UUUGUAUUACUUGCUUAACCCUAGAUCACUAAGCUUCGUCGAAUCGACGACGCGAAUUCGAAACAGGUGCCGUAAAUUUUGAGUGCGCGAUCGCAUCCAUUGUAACUCUCGUGUAAUCUUAGUUGGCCCGGUGCCCCCGCGAUAGACGGUAGUGUUUUUUGUGUAAGAGAUUUGUGAACGCCGCACCAGCAACCAUGACUCGUCGCAUCGACGAAGAUACGAUUCUUCAACUAUUAUUAGAAGAUAAUAGUGACCAAGAAAAUUCGUCAGAGAGUGAGAAGGAAGACCACAUCGAGGUUGAUCCGGGUUAUGUAUCAGUGAGUGAGGAUGAAAUUUCGUCUUUGGACUUGGCAUCAAUUGAAGAACAGAUACCAAGUACUUCGGCACAAGAACCUAACGAAUUGAUUAUUAUACCAUCGCGUAACAUACUUCGCGGAAAAGAUAAGCACAAAUGGUCAUUGUUAAAGCCAAAGUCACAAGGCCGAACAGUCGCAAAAAACAUUGUGCAUAUUAGACCAAGCCCCACUCGUAUGUGUAAAAAUGAAUUAGAUCCUUGCUAAAAAAUGAAUUAGAACGUUGCUUUUCGUCUUUUAUUACAGAUGAUAUAGUAAAUAUAAUUGUCACUUAUACUUAUAUAAAAAUUUUGCAUCACAAGUUAGUCGAGCCACAUAUGCAAAAACGUAUACUUGUGCCCACACUUCAAACUGGCCUGCGCGAUUCGAUUACACAAAUUUUGAAUAUGCCAGGAAGUAGUAGAUCGAGUUUGACACUUGAAACUGAAGCUACAGGUCAUCCUAUUGCAAAAAAAAAGAAAAAUUUGUGCCGUAUGCCCAUCAGCAAAACGAAGGAUGACGAAAACUAGUUGCUACAAGUGCAAUAAAUCAAUGUGUGGUGAACACAAACUUGAUAUGUGUCACAAAUGUCUUAGUUCAUAGUUUUUUACCAAAAUUUUUACUUUUUUUGUUGAUUCGAUGUUUAAAUUUUUAUUAUUUGACUUCUUAUUCAAAGUUUUUUUUCUAGUUUUUAAGAGAUAAGCACUUAAAAAAAACAAAUAUCUUUAUUUAGAGCGAAACAUAUGGUCUCAGUACAAAGGCUGAUUAUGUAAUAAAUAUGUGAUUUAAUUAAAUAAGAAUGUUAUAUUUUUGUUAACAAAUGAUUGUAAUAAACAAAUAUUGUAAAAGAAAUAAGUAUUUUAUUCAAUAAAAUUUUAUAAACCUACUUUUUUGACAGCGUAGUCGAAACGACGAAGGUUAGUAAUAAGAGUUGAAAAA